AUGAAUUGGGACUCUACCUUUCAAUCGACACUCAGCCAAAUUGUUGGAAAUCCUUAUUAUCGACAAACAUGCCAGGGCAUCAGAGACGAUGGAACCCAAUGUCGGAACGACGUGCCCAAGAUCUCUCGCAUCAACAGUGCGAUCCAACUUGGCCUGUUCGACGAAGGCCCUCCCAACUGUCCUUCCGAAGCCGUUCUUACAGGUGCAGCAAAAUCUAUGUUAUGUGUAAAAUGCAGGCUUGAUAGCUCCCGAGUCAAGCAGUGUACCCAACGAUGGAUUCAGCAAUGGAACGCCACGCUCAACCAAGCAAACAUCACCCCCAAAUCUCCGACUCUAGGGAUCGGUGAAACGGAUCAGUUGAUACGGCAUCGGUUGGCUGAGUCACCUCCUGCGGCAUCGAUACCGCGCGCUGGACUGAAGCUAUGGAGCUCCGGCUAUGCCGGUGUUUCAGAGUAG